AUGAAGUUGCUGAAAAAUAUGCCAAUGCCAUGGGAACAGAUCCGCGAAGUUCCUGUGCUUUAUCACAUAACAGGAGCGUUUACGUUUGUCAAUGAAAUACCCUGGGUUAUCGAGCCGGUCUAUAUUGCCCAGUGGGGAACGAUGUGGAUUACGAUGCGUCGUGAGAAGCGAGAUCGACGUCACUUUAAGCAGAUGCGUUUCCCUCCUUUCGAUGAUGAAGAACCUUCGUUGAAUUACGCAGUUAACGUGUUGGAUGUUGAGCCAUUGGAGGCUAUUCAAAUUGAGCUGGAUGCCGAGGAAGAUUCGAGUAUAUAUGGAUGGUUUUAUGAACGUCGGCUGCUGACUGGAACUCCGUACGUUAAUGGGUCUACAUAUAGGAAAUGGAAUUUGACAUUACCACAAUUUAUUUGUCUCCCAGGAUGA